AUGAGCUUGCGAUUCAGUCUAUCGCUGCUGCUGAUGGUCGCCAUGUGGCAGCUGGUGGAGCAGGUCGAAGGUCGCAAGAAACUGUGCGGAGAUGCACUCAACGAGGCCCUUGAUCUGAUUUGUGUUAAUGGAUUCUCACGCAAAAUUAAGCGCUCAAUCAAUUGUAAGUACAGAUUGACAAGUCCACCAUCCCCCACCCAACUGGUGCCUGAACUAACAUGAGUUUUAAGCGGACAGAAGCCCCAGGACACCCGAGCAGGCGUUGCGCCACAAGCGGGCAGUGAUCGUGAGCUGCGACGUCCGCGUCGAAGGAUAACCCAUGAAUGCUGCAAUAAAGGCUGCUCCUACGACGACAUCCUGGAAUAUUGCGCUUAAACUUGAACUUGGACGCGGACUUGGACUUGGACUUGGCCUGGCUCAAACCAUUAACGGAUUAUACCCAAAACGGAAACUUUGAAACAAAACGCACGUUUUGCAAUUCAUUCAAUAACACUUAGCCUCUGCCUUAAAAAAGGAAAAUAACUAAU